UUUCCUUUCUAACCAGAGAAAGGAAAGGAUUUAAAGGUAGACACAGACAUAUUAAAGAAUUCUCCAGGCACUCAUCAAAGUGAGCUGAAAGAGAUCACCCUAAGGGAGCCUGGCAUGGGAAGGCUCAAGCAUUUCCUCAGCAUGCUGCUGCCUUUAAUCCCACUCUUCCUGGGGUUGGUUGCACGAAGCAGCUGCACCCUAGCUGAAGCCCCUGGACAGGGGAAAAGAUGUGAUAAGAAGUCUCUUCUAACAAUCAAGACAGAGUGCCAAUCCUGCUCCAUUAGCUUUGCAACCAAGUGUCCAGACGGUUACAUCAAGGUUACCAAUGGCUCUGUAGGAGUUCGAGAUUGCAGGUUUUCGUUUGAGAUCAGAACGUAUAGCCUGGCUCUCCCUGGGUGCCGUCACAUAUGCAGGAAGGAUUACCUCCAACCUCAAUGUUGUCCAGGACACUGGGGCCCAGACUGCAUGGAGUGCCCAGGAGGAGCAGGGUCACCGUGCAGUGGCAGGGGAAUUUGUGAUCACGGCAUGGAAGGAACCGGAAGAUGCUCUUGCCAGGCGGGCUUUCGUGGAACAGCCUGUGAAAUCUGUGCUGCUGACAAUGUUUUUGGGCCCAAUUGUUCAUCAGUGUGCAGCUGUGUCCACGGUGUGUGCCGCAGUGGCCUCAGUGGUGAUGGAAGCUGUGAGUGCUUCUCGGCAUACCGGGGCCCCAGGUGUGACAAGCCCAUCCCCGAAUGUGCAGCCUUGCUCUGCCCAGAAAACUCCAGAUGCACACCUUCCAGCAAAGAUGAAACCAAGCUCGAAUGCAAAUGCCUUCCCGAUUAUGAAGGGGAUGGCCAAAACUGCAGGGCUAUCAACCCAUGUUUAAAAAACGUCUGCCACCCUCAUGCAAGUUGUUCCUACCUGGGACCAAAUCGGCACAGUUGUGCAUGCCAAGAAGGCUACCAAGGGGAUGGUCAGGUGUGUCUGCCAGUAGACCCCUGCCAGACAAACUUUGGAAACUGCCCUACGAAAUCUACGGUGUGCAAAUAUGAUGGGCCUGGACAGUCUCACUGCGAGUGUAAAGAACAUUACCGAAACUUUGUACCUGGAGUGGGGUGCAGUAUGACCAACAUCUGUGAAUCAAACAACCCAUGUCAUAAGAAUGCAAACUGCAGCACAGUCACACCAGGCAAAGCCCAAUGCAUUUGCCAGAAAGGUUACGUGGGCGACGGCCUAACCUGCUAUGGAAACAUCAUGGAGAGGCUCAGGGAAUUAAAUACUAAACCCAGAGGAAUGUGGCAAGGAAGGCUGACCUCUUUCAUCUCCAUCCUGGACAAAACUUAUGCCUGGCCACUGAGCAACCUGGGACCCUUCACUGUGCUGCUCCCCUCAGACAAGGGACUAAAAGGAAUUGAUGUAAAGGAGCUCUUGAUGAACAAAGAGGCUGCUCGGUACUUUGUGAAGCUCCACAUCAUCGCUGGGCAAAUGAGCACGGAGCAAAUGAAUGACACCGACACCUUCUACACCUUGACGGGAAAGUCAGGGGAAAUCUUCAACAGGGAUAAGGACAAUCAAUUAAAGUUCAAACUUCACGGAGGCAAAACAGUGAAAAUUAUCCAGGGGAACAUAGUUGCUUCAAAUGGGCUGGUACAUAUCCUCGAUAGUGCCAUGGACAAGAUGGAGCCCACACUUGAGAGCAACCCCCAGCAAACCAUAAUGACAAUGCUACAAGCAAGAUACAGCAAGUUCAGAUUUUUGUUAGAGGAAACCAAUGUUGGACACGCCCUAGAUGAAGGUGGCUUUGGUGGUUCAUACACCAUUUUUGUUCCAAGUAAUGAAGCAUUAAGUAAUAUGAAGGCUGGCACCCUCGAUUACCUCCUUUCUCCAGAGGGCUAUCGGAAACUUCUGGAACUCGUCAGAUACCACAUUGUCCCAUUAACUGAGCUGCAAGUGGCCACUCUCAUUUCGACACCCCACAUCAGGAGCAUGGCCAACCAGAUGAUACGGUUUAACAUAACCAGCAAUGGACAGAUUCUGGUAAAUGACGUGGCUGUAGAAGAAACUGAGGUCGCUGCCAAAAAUGGCCGAAUUUACACACUGACUGGAGUUCUCAUUCCUCCCUCCAUCGUCCCUAUUCUUCCCCACCGAUGUGAUGAAACAAAGAGAGAGCUAAAACUGGGCUCUUGCAUGAGCUGUUCCCUGAUAAAUUGGAGCAAAUGUCCUGCUGACUCUGAGCCCACAGCACUCUUCACGCACAAAUGUUUCUACAAAAGCAAAGGACGGAACCUGAAAAGUGGCUGUGCCCGAUAUUGUAAUGCUACUGUGAAGGUACCAAAAUGCUGUAAAGGCUUCUUCGGGCCUGAUUGCAACCUAUGUCCAGGAGAGUUCUUGAAUCCAUGUUCUGGAAACGGACAGUGCAUAGAUGGCCUCAGUGGCAAUGGGACCUGCAUUUGUGAGGAUGGCUUCCAAGGCUCCAAGUGUCAGUUCUGCUCUGACCCCAACAGAUACGGACCUCGCUGUAGCAGAGCCUGCCUGUGUGUUCAUGGAACAUGUGACAACAGACUAGACAGCGACGGAGCCUGCCUCCCAGGCACGUGCAGCGAGGGCACAGCUGGGCGGUUCUGUGACAAGCAGACUUCGGCCUGUGGGCCCUAUGUGCAGUUCUGUCACAUCCACGCCACCUGUGCAUACAGCAAUGGGACAGCCAGCUGUGUCUGCAAUGAGGGCUACGAAGGAGGUGGAACUCUCUGUUCUAAGAAGGACCCUUGCAUGGACUCGACCAGAGGAGGCUGCAGUCAGAAUGCAGAAUGCAUUCAAACUGCCACAGGGACACACAGCUGUGUGUGCCAGCGGGGCUGGACAGGGAACGGAAGAGACUGUGUGGAGAUCAACAGCUGCCUGUUGCCCGGUGCAGGUGGCUGCCAUGACAAUGCUACCUGUUUAUAUGUAGGCCCUGGGCAGAAUGAAUGUGAGUGCAAAAAAGGAUUCCGAGGAAACGGGAUUGAUUGUGAACCGGUCAUUUCAUGCUUGGAACAAACAGAGAAAUGUCACCCCCUGGCCACCUGUCAGUCUACCUCUUAUGGUGUCUGGAGCUGCGUUUGUCAAGAGGGCUAUGAAGGAAAUGGUCUCCUGUGCUAUGGAAAUGUGUUCAUGGAAUUGUCAUUUCUCUCAGAAGCAGCUGUAUUUUACCGGUGGAUCCAUAAUGCUUCCCUGAAGUCCAUGUUGACUACCACUUCGAAUCUCACUGUCCUUGUGCCAACCCAGCAAGCCAUUGAGGACAUGGACCAGAAGGAGAAAACCUUCUGGUUGUCACAGAACAAUAUUCCAGCCAUGAUAAGACACCACACACUCCCAGGCACUUACGGAGUGGCGGAUCUGCAGACCCUGUCGUCCUCACACAUGCUAGCAACAUCAUUGCCGGGAAGCUUCCUUCACCUGGACAAGGCAGACGGGAAUAUCACAAUUGAGGGGGCAUCCAUUGUGGACGGUGACAAUGCAGCCACAAAUGGAGUGAUACACAUCAUCAACAAGGUGCUGGUUCCUCAAAGAGGUCUAAGUGGCUCCUUACCAAACCUGCUCACCCGACUGGACCAGAUGCCUGACUAUUCCAUCUUCCGAGGCUACGUCAUUCAAUACAAUCUGGCAAACGCAAUCGAGGCUGCAGGUGCUUACACAGUGUUUGCUCCAAACAAUGAGGCCAUCGAGAAGUAUGUCAGGGAGAAGAAGGCCACAGCUCUAGAGGAAGACAUCCUUCGGUACCAUGUGGUCCUAGGGGAGAAGCUCCUGAAGAAUGACUUGCACAAUGGCAUGCACCGAGAGACCAUGUUGGGGGUCUCCUACCUCCUCGCCUUCUUUCUCUACAAUGACCAGCUGUAUGUAAAUGAAGCUCCAAUAAACUACACCAAUAUAGCCACUGACAAGGGAGUGAUCCAUGGUCUGGGCAAAGUUCUGGAAAUUCAGAAGAAUAGAUGUGAUAAUAAUGACACCAUUAUGAUGACAGGCAAGUGUGAGAAGUGUUCCCUGCAAACAGUCUGCCCACUCGGAACAAAACCCCUGGGGGAGAAAAGGAAAUGCAUCUAUACCAUUUACUUCAUGGGGAAACGGUCCGUGUUCAUUGGGUGCCAGACAAAGUGUGUGAAAACCAUCAUCACGAGAGCAUGCUGUGCUGGCUUCUUUGGCCCGCAAUGCCAAGCAUGCCCUGGCAAAGGUCAGAAUGUGUGCUCCGGGAAUGGCUUCUGUCUGGACGGUGUGAAUGGCACUGGCACGUGCGAGUGUGGGCAGGGCUUCAAUGGGACAGCCUGCGAGACCUGCACGGAGGGCAGGUACAGCGUCCACUGCGACCAAGAAUGCUCUUGUAUCCAUGGGAGAUGUAACCAAGGACCCUCAGGAGAUGGAUCCUGUGACUGUGACGUUGGCUGGCGAGGAGUGAAAUGCGACAGCAAGAUCACGGAAGACAGCUGCAAUGGGACCUGCCACACCAGUGCCAACUGCCUUCUCGAUCCAGAUGGCAAAGCCUCGUGCAAAUGUGCGGCAGGAUUCCAAGGGAAUGGAACCGUCUGCACAGCCAUCAAUGCCUGUGAGAUCAGCAACGGAGGAUGCUCUGCCAAGGCUCACUGUAAAAGAACCACUCCAGGAAAUCGGGUGUGUGUGUGCAAGGAGGGCUAUACAGGCGACGGCAUUGUGUGCCUCGAAAUAAACCCAUGUUUGGAGAACCACGGCGGCUGUGACAGGAAUGCGGAGUGCACGCAGACAGGGCCCAAUCAGGCUGUCUGUAACUGCUUGCCGAAGUACACUGGAGAUGGGAAGGUCUGCACACUCAUCAAUGUCUGCUUAACCAAUAAUGGCGGCUGCAGUCCCUUUGCCAUCUGCAAUCACACUGGACAAGAUGAAAGGAUAUGUACCUGCAAGCCAAGAUACACAGGGGACGGAUUCAUCUGCCGAGGCAGCAUUUACGGGGAACUUCCCAAGAACCCGAAAACGUCCCAGUAUUUCUUCCAGUUGCAGGAGCACGCUGUCCGAGAGUUGGCUGGACCUGGCCCCUUUACCGUAUUUGCGCCUUCAUCCAAUUCCUUCGAUCAGGAGCCCAGGAUUAAAGACUGGGAUGAGCAGGGCCUCAUGUCCCAGGUUCUUCGGUACCAUGUGGUCGCCUGCCAACAGCUGCUGCUGGAAAACCUAAAAGUGACCACAAAUGCCAUGACCCUCCAGGGCGAGCCGAUUUUCAUUUCUGUCUCUCAGGAUACCGUGUACAUAAACAACAAGGCAAAGGUCCUGUCCAGUGAUGUCAUCAGCACCAACGGAGUCAUCCAUAUCAUAGACAAAUUGCUCUCUCCCCAGAACUUGCUUAUCACCCCCAAAGAUGCCUCAGGCAGGGUUCUGCAAAAUCUUACUACAGUGGCAAUAAACCAUGGAUAUUCCAGAUUCAGCAAGUUAAUACAGGACUCGGGCUUGCUGAGUGUCAUCACUGACCCCAUCCACACCCCAGUCACUCUCUUCUGGCCCACGGACAAAGCCCUCCAAGCCCUGCCCCAGGAGCAGCAGGACUUCCUGUUCAGUCAAGACAACAAGGACAAGCUGAAGGAGUAUCUGAAGUUCCACGUGAUCCGGGACAGCAAAGUUUUGGCUUCGGACCUCCCUAGGUCUGCUGCCUGGAAGACCCUGCAAGGUUCGGAGCUGAGUGUGAAGUGUGGAACUGGCAGUGACAUCGGUGAGCUUCUUCUGAAUGGACAAAUGUGCAAGAUUGUACAGCGGGGGCUCUUGUUUGACCUGGGUGUGGCCUAUGGCAUUGACUGCCUGCUAACGGAUCCCACCCUGGGUGGCCGAUGUGACACUUACACUACCUUCAGUGUUUGGGGGGACUGCGGGAGCUGUGGCUCUACUCCCAGAUGCCCACGGUGGAGCAAACCAAAGGGUGUGAAGCAAAAGUGCGUCUACAACCUACUGCCUUACAAGAGGGACCUGGAAGGCUGCCAGCAGCUGUGUGCCAUGGUGAUCCAGGUCCCAAAGUGCUGCAAAGGCUAUUUCCUGCCAGACUGCGAGGCCUGCCCUGGAGGACCGGACACACCAUGUAAUAACCGGGGCAUCUGCCAUAGUCUGUACUCAGCCACAGGCCAGUGCCAGUGCGACCCUGGCUUCAAUGGGACAGCCUGCGAGCUCUGCGCACCGGGGAGAUUCGGGCCUGACUGUCUGCCCUGUGGCUGCUCAGAGCAUGGACAGUGUGACGAGGGGGUCACAGGCUCCGGACAGUGCCUCUGUGAAACAGGGUGGACAGGUCGCUUCUGUGACAUUCACACAGCUGUGUUUCCAGUGUGCACGCCUCCUUGUUCUGAGCAUGCCACCUGUGCGGAGAACAACACAUGCAUGUGUCACUUGAAUUAUGAGGGUGAUGGACUCACGUGCACAGUUGUGGAUUUCUGCAAACAGAACAACGGGGGCUGUGCAAAGGUCGCCAAAUGUUCCCAGAAUGGCACACAAGUCUCCUGCAGCUGCAAGAAAGGCUACAAGGGAGAUGGUCACAGCUGCACAGAGAUAGACCCCUGUGCAGAUGGUGUCAAUGGUGGAUGUCAUGAGCAUGCUACCUGCAGGAUGACUGGCCCAGGCAAGCACAAUUGUAAAUGUAAGAGCCACUAUGUGGGGGAUGGGCUGGACUGUGAGCCCGAGCAGCUGCCCCUCGACCGCUGCUUACAGGACAACGGACAGUGCCACCCAGAUGCCGACUGUGUGGACCUUCACUUCCAGGACACUACUGUUGGCGUGUUCCAUCUACGCUCCCCACUGGGCCAGUACAAACUGACCUUCAACAAAGCCAAAGAGGCCUGUGCCAAGGAAGCUGCAUCCAUAGCCACCUACAACCAGCUCUCCUAUGCCCAGAAGGCCAAGUACCACCUCUGCUCAGCUGGCUGGCUGGAGAGUGGACGGGUCGGCUACCCCACAACCUAUGCCUCUCAGAAGUGUGGUGCAAAUGUUGUUGGGAUAGUGGACUACGGCACCAGGGCUAACAAGAGUGAAAUGUGGGAUGUCUUCUGUUACCGGAUGAAAGAUGUGAACUGCACCUGCAGGGCAGGCUACGUGGGAGACGGUGCCUCGUGCAGUGGGAACCUGCUGCAAGUCCUCAUGUCCUUCCCCUCGCUCAAGAACUUCCUGACAGAGGUGCUGGCUUUUUCCAACAGCUCAGCGCAAGGCCGGGCAUUUCUGAAACACCUGACCGACCUGUCCAUCCGUAGCACCCUAUUUGUACCACAGAACAGUGGGCUACAGGAAAAUAAGAGCCUGUCUGGGCGGGACAUGGAGCACCACCUCACGGAUGCCAAUGUCUCUUUUUACAAUGACCUCGUCAAUGGCACCACUCUGAGGACAAGGCUGGGAAGCCAACUACUUAUUACCUGCAGCCAGGACCAGCUCCACCAAGAGACGAGGUUUGUGGAUGGAAGAGCCAUUCUGCAGUGGGACAUCAUUGCCUCCAAUGGGCUCAUUCAUAUCAUAUCUGGACCUUUGAAAGCACCUCCCAUGCCAGCAACUGCUGCCCACCCUGGCCUGGGGACAGGCAUAUUCUGCACUGUCAUCCUAGUUACUGGUGCAAUUGCUCUGGGUGCCUAUUCCUACUUCCGGCUAAACAAGAGAACAAUUGGCUUCAAGCGUUUUGAGUCAGAAGAGGACAUCGACGUCUUGGCUUUCGCCAAGCAGCAGCCGGAGAAUAUCGAAAACCCUUUGUAUGCAAGCUCAACGCCGGCACUCCCGGAGUCCUCCAGUGACCCCUUCACAGACUCCGAAGAUCAGGAAAUGGAGAGCAGCGACCCUCUGGGGGUCCUGAAAUCCUGAUGUGAGCAGCCAGCCAACAGCCACCAACUACCACAUGAGCCCUGAGCCAUCGCAGGGCCACUGUGAAUUCCCCACACCAGCCAUCUCUUGGAUCAUGUAUUGUUUUAACAUAUGAUACACUCAGAAACCAUACCUCCCCCCCCCCCUGGUGAAUCUGGGGUUGUUUCUGUGGGUAAGGCGCCAUGUUGCCAGGACCACUCAGGGGACCUCUAUUGGAGCCUCUUCUGAUCUUCUUUGUACAUUCAGAUGGCACUUCUUCUGUUCUGCUCUAUCUUAUGGGAGGGAAGCUGUGAUCCUGUGGGAUUUUCCUAUUGACUCUAAAUGCCAAAGACAGGGCUUCGCCUCACAUGCUUUGUAUCCCAAUACGCAGGAGUACCUGCCACAGGGAUAUACUCAAUAAAUGUUUUUGGAAAAAAAAAAAAGUCACUGUGUGCCUAGGAGGGGUUAAACUAUGAAAGCAGAAUACACUAUUGAAACUAAUUAGAGCCCUUUCGAUUGGCCAACAUUUGUCUUAUCAAUUCCUUGGUUUUAUUUACUUGAAGCAAAUGAGUACCCACUUCACACUCAGCAGAAGAGCAAAGGUCAAAUGGCCCAUCAGAGGACAAGCAUUGGUGAGGGUGUGGUGAACUGGGUCUCUCAUGUUUUGCUGGUGGGAAUGUCUCACAGCUCCUCAGACAGUCCAAC